AUGAUUGAAGCACAAAGGCUGACCUACUAUCGAAACAACCAAACCAAGGCAAGGAGUGAUAUAUACAAAGGGAUUCAAGAUGCAGUUGUUAGGAGUGAGACUCGUGCUUCCAAAGCAGGUAAACGUGUCAUCCUACCCGCGUCCUUCACUGGUAGCAUGAGAUACAUGUUUAAUAAUUGUCAAGAUGCUAUGGCAAUUUGUAAGAAAUAUGAAUAUCCAGACCUUUACAUCACAAUGACAUGUAACUCGAGUUGGCAAGAGAUUGGCAGGGUUAACAAUCCAAGGAACUUAAAGGUUGAAGACCGGCCGAAUAUAUCGUGUAGAGUGUUCAAAAUUAAGCUUGACAUGAUAAUCUCAGAUCUUAAGCAAAAAAUUCCAUUUGGAGUGCUAGAUACAGGUUUUAAUGGAGACUAUAAGAUAACAAUGAUAACUCAAAUUGAUCGGUUAAUAUCUUCAAAGUUGCCAGAUCCUAUUCGGUACCCAAAAUUAUUUAGAGUUGUAUCUACAUAUAUGAUUCAUGGACCAUGUAGUAGAGCUUUCUCAAAAUCUCCCUGCAUAAAAGAUGCAUACUACACUAAAUAUUAUCCGAAAACAUUCAGUAGAACCACAGUUAUCGAUGAUAGUGGAUACCCAUCAUAUAGAAGACGAGGCACAGGAAUGAUUACUGAGAAGAAGGGAGUCCAUAUGGAUAAUAGGAAUGUGGUUCCAUACAAUGCAUAUAUGCUGAUAUCUUAUCAAGCGCAUGUUAAUGUAGAGUACUGCAACAAGUCAAAUGCUAUCAAAUAUUUGUUCAAGUACGUGAAUAAAGGUCCAGACAGGAUAGCAGUUGGAGUUACAAAGGAAGCUUCCAGUGGAGAGAAUGAUCAGAGGUGGCCUUCAGUGAUGAGAUUAACCUUUCAUUUGCCUGGACAACAAAAUAUCAUCUUUAAAGACGAUGAUGAUCUUGAGGAAAUCGUGGAAAAAGAGGAAGAAAAAUGUACGAUGUUCUUAGCAUGGAUGGAGGAUAAUAAAAAAUUUGAAUCAGGUCAAAUUUUGAUAUAUGCUGAGUUUCCAAAUCAAUUUGUUUAUGAUAGAGAAAGAGGUUGCACAACAUAUGAGUCUAUCAGGAUAGUUAAUGGAAUUACAUAUUCUAGCUUCCAAGAUGCUUGCUAUUCCAUGGGACUACUGUGCGAUGAUAAGGAAUUCAUUAUAGCUAUUAAUGAGGUAGCUGAACUUACAUCUGGUCAUCAAUUAAGAAAAUUAUUUGUGAUGCUACUGAUAUCUAAUAGCAUUAGCAACCCAGAGCGUGUUUGA